CCAUGAUAUUGUUAUUUUUAUCCCUCUAUCCGUUCAAGUGCUCGCCGCUCGCGCCUUCACUCCCUCUCUCUCACAGACACACCCGAGAGUGAGCAUCUUGGGCACCCUUCCUUAAUCUCCGGGACUCCGAUUUUUGGACUUGCACGUAACUCUUCUGGGGUUACUUUCAAGUGUUUGUGAGAAUGAUGAGCGCCAUAUCUCUUUGCCCCUGCAAAUUUUAUUGCACUCCCAAGCUUAAUGGGGAUCUCAGAAAGUCAUCAGUUUCUUGUCUUCUUGGGCAUUCCACAGCGAAAGGUGCUCGAACAUCAAAACUGUCUUCCAAAAAUUCUGGCAAGUUGGAGGGGGCUGGAAAAAGUAUAGAGGAUGCAGUCCAACGGAAAAUGGAGCAAUUUUAUGAAGGACCAGGUGGUCCACCUUUGCGUAUUCUCCCAAUUGGUGGCCUGGGAGAAAUUGGAAUGAAUUGCAUGCUUGUGGGGCAUUAUGAUCGUUAUAUUAUGAUUGAUGCAGGUGUCAUGUUUCCUGACUAUGAUGAACUUGGUGUUCAAAAAAUAGUUCCUGAUACAACAUUCAUAAGACGAUGGAGUCAUAAAAUCGAAGCAGUUAUCCUGACGCAUGGCCAUGAGGAUCACAUCGGUGCGUUACCUUGGGUUAUACCAGCUUUGGACUCCAAUACACCGAUAUAUGCUUCUUCUUUCACCAUGGAGCUCAUCAAAAAGCGACUGAAAGAAUUUGGAAUUUUUCUUCCAUCACGGCUUAAAACUUUUAAAACAAGGAGAAGAUUUGUUGCUGGUCCAUUUGAAGUUGAACCUGUUCGCGUUACACAUUCCAUACCUGAUUGUUGUGGCUUGGUACUUCGGUGCAGUGACGGGACAAUUUUUCAUACUGGGGAUUGGAAGAUUGAUGAAUCACCUUUGGAUGGAAAAGUUUUUGAUCGUCUAGCUUUGGAGGAACUCUCAAAAGAAGGUGUUACAUUGAUGAUGAGCGACUCGACCAAUGUACUCUCACCUGGAAGGUCUGUAAGUGAGACUGCUGUUGCAGAAUCAUUACUGAGACAUGUAUCAGCUGCAAAAGGAAGAGUUGUUGCUACACAAUUUGCAUCAAACAUACACCGGCUUGGAAGCUUGAAAGCUGCAGCUGAUUUGACGGGUAGGAAGCUGGUUUUUGUUGGUAUGUCGCUGAGAACAUACUUGGAUGCAGCAUUUAGGGAUGGGAAGGCCCCCAUUGAUCCAUCUACUCUGGUGAAAGUGGAGGACAUGGAUGCAUAUGCUCCAAAAGAUUUAUUGGUUGUCACAACGGGUUCUCAAGGAGAACCUCGUGCUGCAUUGAAUUUGGCAUCCUUUGGUGGCAGCCAUUCCCUCAAGUUGAACAAGGAUGAUGUCAUCUUAUACUCCGCCAAGGUUAUUCCAGGAAAUGAGACUCGAGUGAUGAAGAUGAUGAAUCGCCUUACGGACCUUGGACCCACAAUCAUAAUGGGUAAAAAUGAAGGCUUGCAUACCUCUGGACAUGCAUAUCGUGAUGAAUUGGAGGAGGUUCUUCGGAUAGUGAAGCCUCAACAUUUUCUGCCAGUACAUGGAGAACUUCUGUUUCUUAAAGAGCAUGAGUUACUUGGAAAAUCAACAGGCAUUCGGCAUACAACUGUGAUAAAAAAUGGUGAGAUGCUUGGAGUCUCACACCUUCGUAAUAGAAGAGUUCUUUCCAAUGGUUUUACUUUGUUAGGAAAGGAGAAUCUUGAGUUGAUGUACAAUGAUGGUGACAAAGCAUUUGGAACUUCAUCAGAACUCUGUGUUGAUGAGAGACUUAAAAUUGCAUCAGAUGGAAUUGUAGUUGUGAGCAUGGAAAUUAUGCGUCCCGAAAGUGUAGGAGGUGCUUUAUCGCAGCCAUGCAUCAAAGGAAAAAUAAGGAUCACAACACGUUGUCUAUGGCUUGAUAAAGGAAAGCUUUUGGAUGCACUGCAUAAAGCUGCACAUGUUGCAUUGUCAAGUUGUCCUAUAAGCUGCCCGUUGGCACACAUGGAGCGCGCUGUAUCUGAUGUGUUGAAAAAGUUGGUUCGGAAAUACAGUGGCAAAAGACCUGAAGUCAUUGCAAUUGCUGUAGAAAAUGCAAAUGCAGUUCUUGCUGAGGAGCUAAAAGCGAAGUUAUCAGGGAAAGCCAAGGGUAUCUUCAGUCUGUCAGCUUUGAAAAGAUCAAUUGACCCACAUGUUACAAGGAAGAGAUCCAACCACAAACAAACUGGGGAUGAUGUAAGCUCUUUGAGAUUAGCAGAGAUGGAAAAUAUGCAAGAGGUUGGUGGUGCAAGCAUGUAUUUAGAUAGUACAUCCUGUGGAGACCCAUUAGAGGGAGAGAGUUUCAGUGAUUCUCUUGAAGUACCUGGGCCACUUGAAUCUGCAAGAAAUGAAAAUGGCAGCAUGCCAGAAGAAUAUUUGAGGAGAGAUGAAAGUUCGGGAAGUAGUACAAGCAAAUCAGGGGUAGCAGAUCUUCAACCAACAUCACCUACACGUGGAAAGCGGAACAAAUGGAAGCCGGAAGAAAUAACAAAGCUAAUAAAAAUGCGUAGCGACAUGGAUAGCCAAUUCCAAUCUGUUCGGUCCAGAAUGGUUCUUUGGGAAGAGAUAUCUGAAAAAAUGCUAGAUCAUGGAAUAAAUCGUAGUCCUGCUCAGUGCAAAUCUCUUUGGACAUCUCUUGUUCUAAAAUAUGAGGAACACAAAAACGGCACAAAGAGCAAGAAAGACUGGCCUUACUUUGAUGAAAUGGAUCAACUGCUUUCUGUUGGGAAGUGAGCUCCGAGUUUAUUUCUCCUGAAAGCAUCAUCAGACGGGCCCAGAAAAAAUUUCGGCACCAGAGACGACUGCAUUCUCCAACGUCCAAAUUGGUGGCAAACAUUGCUUGACUAUUCUCCUUGGAAACCAAAAUCCGAAUUUGCUGGUGCUGGUGCUGGUCUGGUCAUUCAUGCAAUGGUGAUCGGCGAUCGAGGGUCACGGAAAUGGAAAUUGUAAAAUGGGUGUCGAUUUGUAUAACUCUUUUAACACAUUUUAUCCUGGUGGAUUGUCAAUCAUUGUUUUGGUUGUCAUGACAUUAGUUGAUUCUCUCUC